UCUCUCUCAUGCACACACGCACUACAAAACCUUUACUUUCCUCUCUAUGCAACAGUGAGCCCUCUCUCCUCUCCUCUUCCUCUUCCUCUUCCUCUCUGCCUCACCAUUGGAGCCCUAGUAAGGUACGACUGGUUUUGUAUGCGGAAAGGAGCCGCCUUUGAAGGAGGGGAGGAAGAGGAGAGGCAUUUUGCCCGUCGGGUGGAGUUUUCACUGCUCUCUUGGUGCACAAGUUCAUCUACAUCCAUCUCACUGCGCCAUGGGUCCAAGCUUUGACUACGCCCCGUCCAUUCUCUUCUGCGCCGAGGGCAACGACAGCAUCCUGGGAUUUGACGAGGAGGAGGAGGGUAGGCGUAGCCCUAGUUGGGCUCCUGAAUUAAAAAGGCGCGAUUUUGGGAGAGAUUGCUUCAUGGAUUUCCCGCUGCAGUCAGAUGAGUGUUUGAGCUUGUUGAUCGAGAGGGAGAUGGAGCACCUUCCCAGGGAGGACUACGGCGAGCGGCUGCGCUCCGGAGCAUUAGACCUCGCCGUCAGGGAAGGGACUAUUGAUUGGAUGUGGAAGGUUCAUGCUUACUAUAAAUUUGGACCACUGAGUGCCUGUUUAUGUGUCAACUAUUUGGAUCGGUUCCUCAGUGCCUAUGAGCUUCCACAAGGCAAAUCUUGGAUGAUGCAACUACUGGCUUUGGCCUGCCUAUCUUUAGCUGCCAAGAUGGAGGAAACUGAAGUCCCAUUGAUCUUGGAUCUACAGGUCGGCGAGGCAAAGUUUUUGUUUGAAGCUAAAACCAUCCAGAGAAUGGAGCUUCAGGUGCUGAGUACCCUAAAAUGGAGGAUGCAAAUUGUGACUCCUUUCUCAUUCAUAGAUUUUUUCCUUCACAAACUCAAUGGUGGCAAUGUGCCUUCCGAGCUAUUGCUCUCGCGGUCUGUUGAACUCAUGUUGAGCACUUUUCGAGGUAUUGAUUUCUUAGCAUUCAGACCUUCGGUGAUCGCUGCCGCCAUUGCGCUGAUUGUUUUGGAAGAAACUGAGAUUGUAAAUGUCGAGAGCACCUUGACUUGUUGUUCCCACGUAGCAAAGGAAGAGGUGCUGAAAUGCUUCCAAGUGAUCAAAGACAAAGUGCUGAUGAGAAGUCAAUCAGGUAAUGUUAGCUCCUCGAUAUCCUAUGUGCCUCGAAGCCCAUUUGGGGUGCCGGAUGCUGCUUGCCUGAGCAACAAGAGUGACGAUACAAUUGCCGUCUCAUCUCCGGCCAGCAAAAGGAGGAAAAUAAGCAGAUAAUGAACAUAAAGAUAAAGCUUUUGCGUUAACCUCUCUCUAAGAACUCUUGAGAGGUGUCGAUUGGUUCUUUCAACAACUGUAUUUUGGUUUGGUGAGGGAGGAUUUUGCUAUUUUUCAGAGUCUAGCCAAGAAAACAAGAAACAAAGAUCUUCAAAGAGAGAGAGAGAAAAAACAAAUACAAGAAUCAGAGAUGUUGUAAAAGAUCAGAAAUGCUUCCAAGGAAAGUUGCUAGAGAGCAAUAAUGUAUUACUUGUUCUUCU